CCUCCAUGGACUCGUCCCCGAUUCGACCGUUAUUGACCCGAAAGGAGAACCUCAAGGGAUGCUCCUCACGCUCACUGGACAAAGUGCAUGCACCUGUCAAGAGGAAGCCGCUGAGUACCAUCUCCCACAACGUCCUCGCCCAAAUGGACGAGGCCAGGGCCAACACGUCGAAACGAUCCAAACCAUCAAGUCCUGUGGAAUCUAUACCUGCCGUGGACAAGUCUCGAUUGGCAUCGCCGGAGGAUAGUCAAGGGCGCAAAGACGAGUUGAAUCUGGCAUGGCUAGACAUGUGCUGCGCGCUCCUGGACAAGAAGCGAUCGAUGCAUGCUCCUGUAGCGCGGCCAACUGAUAUGAGGGACCUGAUGCUUCCAAGCAUUGAACGUUCUGCGAAGGAGACCCCCACGACUGUGAAAUUGUGUGAUCCAAGCCCUCCGUCGACGACUGACAUUGUGGGUGAACAACCAAGGGACUUGGACGUUGCAAACGCUGCAUUGGCCUUGCACGAGAACAGUCAGCCUUCAUCAACUUGCUGUGGAUGCAAAACGGGAUGCUUGAAACUGUACUGCCGGUGCUUUUUAACGCGGGGGUUUUGCACUCCACAAUGCACUUGUGUUUCGUGCUUGAACACGAAAACGUCCACCCAACGCCUGCCUGCCAUUACCAUGCACUUGAAGAACAACGUCCACGCGUUUCGGGUGUCUUCUUUGGCCACCCCCGUCGUCGCCAACGGAAUGUCCCACGAUGGCAACAACGCCGCCACCGCAACAGGGUCCAACUUCGUACCUUUGGUCCCCAACGUAGAUCAUGCUAACGCCAUUGCAUGCCGCUGCAAGAAGUCCAAGUGUUCCAAGAAAUAUUGCGACUGCUUCCAAGCUGGAAUUGCGUGCGGCCCUCGAUGCCAGUGCCGCGACUGCUGCAACCACUCGCCCAAGGAAACCAACACCAAGCAAAUCAUCUACGCCAAAGAUACCAUCAAAGUCAUUGUCACGCGUACACCGCGUCUGGCCCCUGGCACAGGGUCCACCUUCCGCGUGCUAUUAUAAUCCGUAUAUCCAACAUCGUGAAUGUGAG